AUGGCCACCACAUCACUACAAAUCAUGCCCUCUCUCAUCCUGGCCACCCAACAGCGCGACUCAGGACGAUCAACCUCUGGCAAGACAGAAUCCGGUCGAUUGACACCAGGAGCGACCAGCGCAUCAGAGAACAAACAGAUCAACCUGACACCCGCGGCAGCACUAAAGGGAACAUUAAAUACCGAUGCCUUGAGCGCGAGCAGCGGUUACAAGAUCGCAGCCAUGCAAUUCACCCUCAUGUCAAGAACAGCCUUCGCAACCCAAGUCCCACCCGAGCUCCUCACGAUUAUCGGCUCAGGCUUCCUGGCCUACCACUACCGGUCACUCUCUCUCCCUGCCAGUAUUUGGGGUAAAUGGGCAGCCGUAGCUGGACUCAUGACAGCGAUUUUCCCUCUGACGGGUGGAUUCAUGGUGCCGCUGGAUCAUAAAAUUGCGAGGAUAGCGGGACAGGAGCCGCCGGUCGAGCCGUUUGAGGAUGCACCGAUGGAUAGGGAGAUGGAGAAGAGUAACACGGAAGAGUUUCUGGAGACAGGUUUGACCGGCACAGGCACGACAGAGGCCUUGAAAUGGCUCAAUGCUCGAAUGUCCGUCGACGAUAGACAACGACGCUUGAUCGACAUCAAGCUCACCACACCAAUCGCGACACUCCAGUGUUUUGUGACGCUUGAACAAGCUGCUGCGAGCUCGAUAUCGACGUCAGCAACGCAAAUGACAGACAACAUUUCAGCCCAACCUUAG